AUGGAAGGCAGAGAACUGAAUCCUGUCCUCAAGGGAUCUUACAACUUCCAGGAUCUGGAAGGCUCCCUGGAGGAUUUGGGACCAAGGUGCUUACACGAGACCUGUUCACCAAUCACUCCGUCAUCUGCAGCCAGGGACAAGGACGAAUCGGCCCUACCGGCUAAGCCGCGUCUCCAGCGAGGUGGCAGUUCUGCUUCUCUCCACAACAGUCUCAUGAGGAAUAGCAUCUUCCAGCUCAUGAUACACACCCUCGACCCGCUUGCCGAAGAACUUGGAUCAUAUGGAAAACUAAAAUAUUAUGACACAAUGACUGAAGAAGGGAGGUUCAGAGAAAAGGCUUCAAUCCUCCACAAGAUUGCCAAGAAGAAGUGCCAGGUGGACGAGAACGAGAGGCAAAAUGGGGCUACCAAUCACGUGGAAAAAAUCGAACUCCCAAACAGCACCAGCACAGAUGUUGAACUGACGACACCCAGCGACGCUUCAGAACCCGUACAAAACGGAAAUCUCUCCCAUAACAUUGAAGUAGUCGAAGCCCAGACCACAGAGACAGCAGAGCCAGAGGAGGACCAGCCCCUCAGUCUGUCCUGGCCUUCCAACCCCCGCAAGCAAGUCACGUUUCUGAUUGUUUUCCCCAUAGUGUUUCCUCUCUGGAUCACCUUACCUGACGUUCGCAAGCCUACAUCAAGGAAGUUUUUUCCUAUCACAUUCUUUGGCUCCAUCUCCUGGAUUGCAGUGUUCUCUUACUUGAUGGUCUGGUGGGCGCACCAGGUUGGAGAGACAAUCGGCAUUAGUGAAGAGAUUAUGGGUCUGACCAUCUUGGCUGCUGGGACCUCCAUCCCUGAUCUUAUCACCAGCGUCAUAGUGGCCCGGAAGGGACUAGGGGACAUGGCCGUGUCCAGCUCUGUUGGCAGCAACAUUUUUGACAUCACUGUUGGGCUCCCGCUGCCCUGGCUCCUGUUCACCGCCAUCCACAGGUUCCAGCCCGUGGCCGUCAGCAGCAACGGCCUCUUCUGCGCCAUCGUCCUCCUGUUCAUCAUGCUGCUCUUUGUCAUCCUCUCCAUCGCCCUCUGCAAGUGGCGGAUGAACAAAGUGCUGGGCUUCAUCAUGUUCGGCCUCUACUUCGUGUUCCUGGUGGUCAGCGUCCUCCUGGAAGACAGAAUCCUCACCUGCCCCGUCUCCAUCUAGCGGGAAAAGCCAUCUCUUGGACCCACCGCGUGGACGGUCCCUCCCCACUCUGGGCUCUGGGCUCCCGGGCCUCUUGGGGAGAGGCGGCCGGCACCCCGCCCCGGGUGCCAAGCGGCCCCCCUUGGCGGAUCUGAAGAGGGAUGGAUUCUCACCGGGCCCGUCCACGUCACAGGCUGCCUCCACCCUGGCCUGCUGACAUGACUUCACGUAAGGGACCGCGUGACCCUCACGACGGGGCCUCUCUCCCUUCACCACUGACAGGUACUCCUCGCUGGUCGGAGGUACAUUCAUUGACACGAUGCAAACCCGGACAGAGGCUAGCAUAUACCUACAAGAUAUACAUACUAUAAAUAUACGCACAUGAACACACAAACCCUGCCUGUUCCUGUAUGAUACCUCUCCUUCCAUGCCGAUAGAUGAGUACAUACUUGUAAAUAAACACAAAGAAAGAAAAAUUAUAUAUAUAUAUAUAUAUAUAUAUAAUUAUAUAUAUAUAUAUACAUACAAAUGCAUCUUUUCAGGGACAGCACUAGUAUAUUUAUGGUACCUACGUGAAGAGGGGCAUCAACCUUCAGUCUGGGCUUUACCUCUUAAGUGCAACAGGCGAACUAAUGGAAUCUGUAGCCAAGAGUAGUGUUGCUGUGACCUUCAGCCUACCUUGGACUUACUGGGAACCUGCCUGGUAGGGAGAUCGUUUCGGUGAGGAGGGCUUGGUGGAGAGCCCUCCAAAACAUUCCCACAAGCCAGACUGGAAAGAUUAUCUGCCCACCCCCGCUGAGGUACCCUGACGGAAACUCACAGUUACUUAGGGCAGAGGUAAAACCCAGACUGAGUGGACAUUGGUUUGGUGGCAGGGGGGUGGUAACCCGGAUUGGUUGUUUUGUUUUGUUUUGUUUUUUCUUAUAUCGUCCCAGCAUGCAAGUAGAAAAUAAUGACUACAAACCAAAUUAGUGCUUGUUCUAGGACAGCAAGACUAUCUAAACUGAACUGUAUUUUUCCAACGCAUGUCCCAUUAUCAUCAAAAGCAGGGGUGUAGGUUUAACCGUGAUUGCCAUUUAGACAUAUUUUGAUGCUAAGGGCUCACAUAUGGUCAAAAUGCCUGCCAAGAGAUCUUAGCUGAGUAAUAAGAAACACCAUUCAGUAGAGGCGCUCAGCGGGACUUGCCCCCUAAUGGGAAUGUACGGGCAUGGUUUUUUAAAGCAUUUUCCAAUGUAGUCAUAAAGGGCUUUAGCAUCUAAAGAAAA